AUGGAAGAUCAGCCUGAUCCGCAUGCCAAAGCCAGCAAUCCUGACCCGCUCAGGAUGUGUAUCAUUGGAGGCGGUGGUUAUUUCGGUCAGCAUAUCGCCAGCGAACUGCAAAAACACGGUCAGCACCACACCGUUCUGCUCGACAUUCAAUUCGUGCGUCUCAACGUGCUCACACUAGACGAAUCUAAAACCACCCGCAUUAAGGGAUCACUAUUGGAUACGGACACGCUCGAUGAGGCACUCAAGGGCUGUGAUGCGUGCUUCCAUAUUGCUGCGUACGGCAUGACCGGUGGUGCUUCGGUAAGUGAAUCUAUAAUACGAAAUGCAUCAUCCAAUUAG